CCACUGCAACACAGCAGCCCAUGUAGUUGCAGACAAAACACCGGCACGACAAUGCACCCGCUKGUUCGGAGUUUGUACAAGGAAGCGCUGCACGUCGGAAGAGACUAUCCGCUUGGCUUGGACAGAGUUCGGAGGGAGUGGAAGAAAGCCAUCCGCAAUCCCCAAAAUUGUCCGUCUUGUUACAGCAUCGUGCGCCGGGAGGGAGACGGCGGUUGGGAAAGGGAUCUCGGCGAAAACGACGCCGUGGUGUCUUCGGAACCUCCCACGCUUGCCAUUCCCAAACCCAUGCACUCGAAAGAGCACCCCAAUCCAGACUGCGAACGAGAGUUGCGAAAGGCGGUUGGAAAGGGCCGGUACAUGAUACGAGAAAUGAUUGGCGUGAUUCAGCUCAAGAAAUACCGGAGUCUGAAACGGCGAUACGGCAAUGACSACAAUGGUGGCAUCGAUGGACUGGACAAAGCCCACGCCGGAGAUUUUGWGGAAACCGGGCCUAAGAAGCCAACGCAAAACCAUUGAGGAAAGCACACCUCUUGCAUGUAUGUAAACUAGACAACUCCGACAAUACAAUUUUGCUUCUCGU